AUGAUUGGCUGUAUGAUGGCGUCACGUGACCAAAGACAUCGUCGAACACGGAAAUUGUCAAGCAACUGGCUCAAAAUGGCUGCUCCUCCUAGUCGUGGAACACGGUUUUUUAGUCGAAUACAAGAUGCCCUCACUCAUGCUGUGACUCCACGUUUGCAGAUCGACAGAAAAACUAUCGAGAAGACGUGGAAACUGAUGGACAAAGUGGUGAAACAUUGUCAAAACCAACGGCUGUCGUUGAAGAAUAGCCCCCCUUACAUCUUAGAUAUUUUGCCCGAUACCUACCAACAUUUGAAGUUGAUUAUCUCGAAAUACGAGGAUAGGAUGCACAUUUUGAACGACUGUGAGUAUUUUAGGAUUUACAUAGAAAAUCUCAUCAAGCAAUCGAAGCUGGCCAUCAAGCUUUUCAAAGAUGGAAAAGAAAAAAUGUACGACGAAAACUCCACGUAUCGACGCAGCUUGACCAAGCUGAGUUUAGUUUUCAGUCACAUGCUGGCCGAGGUGAAGGCAAUAUUUCCUCAAGGAACUUAUAUAGGAGACGGCUUCAGGAUCACAAAAUACGAUGCAGCCGAAUUCUGGAGAAAGAAUUUUGGGAUUGGGUAAGUCUGAUGUUAGGUUAAUUUUCUUGGGCUUCAUGUAUUGUUUUGAUAAACGAAAGUGAUCAAUGGUCGCUACAUACACAACCAUGACAGCUCGUUUUCACAAUCUUGUUCUUCGCUUUUGUUAAUCUCCCUUCGGGCGGGUGGCCAGACCACUAUUUGCUUCGUUUCCAAAAUGUGUCGUCAAAUUUUAUAACAUAUCACAAGGGAAAAAAUAACUUCUUGACGUUUAUUAAUUAAUUGCGUGCUUCCCCCGACUUUUAAUUUAAAGAUCUUGCAUUAUAUCACCUUUAAUUCCUCACUCUAAAAUCACGAAAAGACCGCGUUUUCCUUUCGAUGGCGUCCUUUGAGCUUUCCAAGAAGGCUAUACAAGAAACCCAAAACAUCCUAAAUUUUUUUCCCUUUCCAAGUAAAUUUAGAACUUAAUUGUCCAUUGGAAACUGUGUUUACAAAUACAAAGAAAACCAUCAUAAUUUUCGUCAUAUAUUCAUGGUGAAACACGUAAAGAUCUGACUUAAAUUGUGAUGUUAGAUGCAUUUCAGACGAGCUGAAACUUUUAAAUAUCGUAUCAUCUUGUCUAUGUUACUUGAAAAAUAUCCAAUCUAUUUGUUUGGUUAUGCAUCACUGCUAUCAUAGACCUCAGAAUAUUAUUCCCAAACUUAAUUUGCUGUACUCUACCCGGUGCGUUUUUAGUUCUCGUACUCAAAUUUUCUCUCGGCUCUGAUUGAGAACAAAUAGCUGAACAUUUAAGUAGCGAGGCGAAUGAAAUUGUAAGUGGUGUUAAUAUUUUAUUUCCUUCUCUAAUUGAAAAGAGAUCAAGAAAAUUUUAUUUUCUCCUUUGCUGAAGGAAAGCUGUAUGUUGCAAGAAAAAACCCGGACCAACUGUUUAUGAAUUUCAAUAAGUCUUAAGUUACAAUACGUGAUGUGGCUCAGAAUUUGUUAAUUCAUAGUUAUUAUGGCAUUUGAAAGGUAAUGUACCCAGAUAUAGCCUGUAUGAUUCUGUGGUUUCACAGGAAAAGCCUCUACUAUGAUGUAGAAAGAGAAACAACAAUUUUCUUUUUAAAGGAAAUUAGAACAUAUGCACGUAACAAUUAGGUUCUGAGAAGUGACUGUCAGAUCUUAAAAGUGAUUUUGAGGUCAAUGGAUCAAUAGAUAACCUGCAUAUGAUUUUUGGGAAAUAUAGCUUUUAAAUCUUGAGUAGAUCAUAUGUAUAUAGGCUUUAAAAGGUAGAUAACACUAAGUGUGUGUUUUGGAGUUUAUGUUCUGCCCUGACAUGGGAAUGAAAACAUGUUUUUGAUUACCGGUUAUUUCACAGCUAGUUAUUCUUAAAUGUUGUGUUAUCCUCCAAGAAUUACUAGACAUGCAUUCCUAUAGUAAGAAUUUAAAUAACUCUUCCGGGAAGUAAUGUGACAAUGAAAUGUGUAACUAAACAUAGAAUUUUGUUGAGUUUUUUCAUGGCCAACAAGCUGUUCUCACAUUGUCUUUAUGGUUUAGUCUUGAUGCAUAAUUCAAUAGAAUUCAUGUUCAAUGAGGUGAACAAAUAAGCAUCAUUGAUGAUAUUUUGAAAUUGAGCUUGAGUGGUAAUCUAUCUGUGCAAGGAAUAUGCCUUUUUCUUUAUUCUACUUCACUAGACAAGCGUUUAUAUUUUGACACCAAAAUGUACCUAGUGCACUCAACUGAAUAACUUGCUAUCACCACCAGGAACAUCAAAACAGACUGCAAAAUAUCACUCAACACAGACUAAGUGUGUGAGGCUUUUAACUAAGAUAUUCCCUAAGGAGAGGCAAAUUUUUUUGUGCAAAAAACAUAAUGGAAUAUUGUUGAGAGUAACCUUAACAUCCAAGUAUUGAUGAGGGGUAUGACAGCUACAAUCUCCAACUUCAAGAGCAGACCAAGAUUUUUAGUGAAUUUUUUGUGAAAGGUAAUGGAUUUUAUUACUCUUCAUUCUCUUUAGGAAAACAACGGUUUCAUGGAAGCAAUUUCGUCAAACUCUCCAAACAGUACACCAUAUCAGCUCAGGUUUGGAAGCAAUGGCCUUAAAGUCAACAAUAGAUCUGACAUGUAAUGACCACAUCUCCAUAUUUGAAUACGAUGUCUUUACAAGAUUGUUUCAGCCAUGGUCGCAUCUGCUUCAGAACUGGAAUCUCCUUGCCGUGACACACCCUGGUUACUGUGCUUUUAUGACUUAUGAUGAAGUGAAGGCAAGAUUGUGUAAACACAUGGAUAAACCUGGAAGGUUUGUUUUAUUCCAAUCAAGGGUUAAUAUUGUAUCAAAGCAGUCUAUUGAAACUUUGAAUUUUUGCCACCAAAAGCAUCAUUGAUGAAAACUUAAAGAAAACAGUCUUAGUAUACCAAUGGGUAUUACAAUGUUUAAACUGGUAAGUGAAUGGGUUAAUUACGUCAUUUGACUGAAAACUAGACCAUUCUAUACCUGAAGAAAGUCAAUAAAUAAAGGGAAAGUUUUGUUACAGAAUAAGAAAUUAAUUUGCACACUGAUAAGGCUGGAUAAGAGGACACUCAAGGGUCUUCAUUUUAUAGGGAAUGGAUGGUAUCUUUGGGCAAAUAUCCACCAAAGAAAACAAUUUAAAAGUUGGUGUAGAGCUGUAUUGUGCAACUGAUUCAUUUACCACUUGCAUCUUUUUUCUGUUGUUGUUGUUCCAGCCUGUAAUUUGACUUGUGAUUUCUUUUUCUACAGUUACAUUUUCAGGUUAAGUUGUACAAGACUGGGUCAGUGGGCCAUAGGAUAUGUUACACCUGAGCAUACAAUUCUUCAAACCAUUCCUCAGAACAAGUCACUCUGUCAGGCACUUAUUGAUGGAGCUAGAGAGGGCUAGUAAGUGCUCCUGAAUUCUCACCUAGAAGAACUUAAGAUGUUUAAACUUCAACCUUUCAAAACAAAAUCCAGACCACAAAUUUUUUCCUAGCAUUUUGGGUAUGAUUUGAUCAUUUCAAUUCUAAACAAUUGCUAGCUCUUCAGUAUCUGUUGGCAGUCAUAAGUUCUUUAUGAUAUUGGAAAUUCCAAAUUUUUAAGUCUAAUCAUCAGCACAAGGAAAUCCCUUUUCUAUUAAAAUCUAUUUCCAUUAGCAAUAUAUUUCUUUGAGAUUUUGAUCACAAAGAUUGUGUAGAAAUUAAAGUAACAGUUUAAGAGUUAACAUUUCAAACUUAACUUUUCUUUUUUUUGUAUUUUCCUUAGCUACCUUUACCCCGAUGGAAAUUCAGACAACCCUGAUGUUAGCCAUCAUCUCAUCACCCCUCCUGAUGAGCACAUCACUGUCACUGAAGAGCAAUAUGAGUUGUACUGUGAGAUGGGAUCCACCUUUCAGCUUUGCAAGAUCUGUGCAGAGAAUAAUAAAGAUGUGCGCUUGGAGCCCUGUGGUCAUUUGAUGUGUCACAUGUGCUUAGACCAGUGGCAAGAAACUGGGGGGGAAGGGUGUCCAUUUUGCCGUUCUGAAAUCAAAGAUAUGCAGGCGAUUGUUGUGGAUCCAUUUGUACCACAUCUUGAGGAGGAGACAAUGGCAGUAAGAGCAGCAGAGAACCAAGAGAAUCACUUGGACGGGGAAGACGAUGAAAUCAUGGAGGUUUGAGAUUUAUAAAAUGCAUAAUUAACCCUGUGCACCCUAACAUCAGUACACAAGUUUUCCCUAAAUUGCUAAAUACAUUUUCUAUGGUAUGUGCUAGGAAAAUUUGCCUAAAAAAUUGAGAGCUUCUUGAGUUUGUGAUCAUUUCUUUUUAUUCUCAUGACCUUGAUGUUUGUUUCAAGGGGUGAUACAGUUGGGAGAAAUUAGAUGCAAAUAACUCUUAGGAUGUACACAGUUUAAUUAUUGCGAAAGAGAUUGUCACUUUUACCCUCCUGUUCUCCCUUAACACUUGAGGGAUUCUCUUUGCCUACUUGACUACCUUUCUGUGUGACUCUUUAUCACUCUGACAAAGGGCUAAUGCCCAAAAUGUCAGCCAUUAAACUCUUUAUGGUGGCUAAUUUACAUUUUCAACUCAGUUGUUAAUACUAAAUUACCUGUUAUACUCUUCCACUGAUGCAGCACCACAGUUUUUUUAGAAAUUUACCCCCUCUAUUCAUUUAUCUUUUUGUCUGUCUACUUACCUACUGAAUCUAUUUCAAAAGCUAACCCUGAGUGGUAAUAUCUUUCUUUCCUCAGGAUCCUAGUCAGUGGGUUUCCACAAUUGAUUCUAGACCUCAUGGUACUCAACAAGGAAGAUAUCCCCAUUUACAGCAGGAGAACACUGAGCAGUCUCGGUCAUCUGAAGAUGCCCCUCCGCCCUUGCCCCAGCGGCGAAACCUCCAGUUCAACCCACAGUCACCUACCUCUCCAACCCUCGUAGUCACCCAUGUGUCACCAUUUGCUUCUCCUGGGACAUCUUCAAGGUCAUCACCUUUAAGUUCUCCAUGGAACUCUCCAAGGAACUCACCACGUGCAUCUCCUAAUGUCUCACCCCACAACUCUCCUCAUGUUUCUCCAUGUGGCUCACCACAUAACUCUCCUUCACUGUUAAGAAAGGUACCACCACCGCCGCCACCAUCAACCUUAGAUGAGGACAGUCCUCCUGCAGUACCAGAGAGGAGGUAUAAACACAGAGGGACCAGUGUGGAAAAUAAAGAGAAUAAACCAGGAACUAAGACAUCUAAGCAUGAAAGCAACAGAAGGGAUACAGUGGGAUAUGCAGACAUAGCUGCUGCAAAUGUCACACAUGACUCAUUUGGUCAAAACCAGAAUAAAACAAAUUAUGCUCAGCUAACUUACCCUCAUCCUGAUGCAGCUGAGUCUACUGACAGGGAAAGAAGCAGACCAGGAGAAGCCACGAUGGCUGAAAUUUGUGCAAAUGAAGAGGCAACUUCAUAUGAUUUUCCUCUGCCCAUAAUAGCUGAAAGAGAACGUUCACGGGGUGAGAAAUCUAACAAAGAGAAUGGUUUAAGGGACAAUACCACUGACCUUCAAUCAGUUGCAGAUCCUUUUGCUGAAGACCCAUUUGAGUUGAAUGGUAAAUCAAAAAAUGCCCCGUUUGAUGAUGAUUUUGUAAAAGGCCCUUUGGUUGUAGCAUUGCCACCAACACGUUCACAAAGCUAUAAUUCUGGGAUGCCACGCAAAACCCAUGCUCAUAGCGACAAAAAUACUCUACCUUCAAGGGUGUUCACCAAGGCAAGAUCCACUGAUGAUGUGCUUGAGGAUCCCACUUAUUCAAAUGUUCGUCGAGACCAUGGCAGACAUCCUGGUCAAACCAAUGACUUUGAGAGCAAUGGAAAUCCCACUUCAAACAGUCACCAUGAUAGAACUUUACGCCCAGCCCUGCUUACACGAAACAGCUGGGCUGGAGCAGAAGCAAAAAAUUUCAGCAAUCCAACAUAUGGUUCCCAGGGUUUAGAUCCAAAUAAGUUAGAAGGGAAGGGAGAACACAGACCAACACGAUCCAGAUUGCCAGAUGAAGAUCCAAACCUUGAUGCUAUGCAGUUUUAUGAAGAGGAUUUUACAAUUCUGCAGGCACAGGGCUACAGUCGUGAGGAGAUCACUAGAGCCCUUAUUGUAGCUGAUAACAACUUUGCUUUGGCGAGGAAGAUUCUCCGUGAGUUCUCUCAAGGGACAAGAAAGCUAUGAACUUAUGGUUACAGUUGAAUAGUAAUGUAAUAUGCUGAGAAAGUUGGAAUUAAGGUUGAGUUUUUCCCCUUGUAGAGUUGCUAAUGAAAGGAGAGUUUUGUUGAAUUUUGAUACCAUAGCCACAUAAUGAACUAUCAAGUAGUUUUUUAUUUUUUAGUUUUUCAGGUUUUAAUUUUAAGUUUUUAGUUGUUUAGUUUUUCAAGUAACUAAAGUUUUUAAGGUAAUUAAUCUAAACCUUUAAAAUGUGCGCCACAAGAAUUAAUUCCCACAGAGGAAAUUUUUUGACAUCUAUGCAGUUUCCCUAAUUUGAAAUUCUUAAUAACCCAGCCUGACAAAUCAGUGAAAAUCUUGAUCAGUCAAUUUAAAUUGACCCCAGUUUAUCUAUUGAAAAAAAUUGUGACAUUUAACAUGAUAACCUUUUCAUUAUUUUUUUUGGACUUCUAAUUUUGAUCUGUUGCUUUCCAAUGAUAUUCUUCCAUAAUACAACAGCUCAACAAGUUAGGUUAGAAAAUGCAAUCAGCAAUAUAUAUCAGACAGUAGACAGCACGAAUAGGGACAAAUGUAAGGUGACUUGUUACUUGGCUGACUAAGAAAGAAGGCAAGGUCAUGUUAGUCUUUUGCUUUGACUGGCUCUUGAAGCAGGUGAGAUUGGCUUGUGUUACACACUCUGGAUUGUCCAUUUUUUCCCCCUCUGUGAAUUGCUUACAUGUUUUUUCUCAAAGAGAUUAUUUUGUAUAAUCUUUUUGCCAGGUUAUAAACUGGCCAAGCUUGUUCCUCAAGUUGGCUAAGCUGUAAAAGGGUUUUAAAAAUAUUUCCCAAAAUCAAAUCUUCUUGAACUCAUGUUUGGUCGUGGUGCAUCUGAACUUGUAACUAUUACCUGGUUAUAGAUUGUUGGCAACACAACAUCAAUUUACAAAUACAGGUUGAUUUUUUUAAUUUAUUAAUUCCAUGAUUAAUUAAUGACUUGAUCAGUCAGACCUGGUGGUAGGUUAAUCAUAGUAGGGAAUGACAUUAACUGUUUAGCUUAUGAAGCAGUAAUUACCCAGUUUUCUCAAGUCAUUAUCAAUCAACUCUCAUCAACCCUCAAACUCCCAAAACUUAAGUUGGAAUCCUGCCAUAUAUUUCCUUCUGGAUAAGUGAAGAGAAUUCACUGUUUAAUCAAACACCUUGCUGAUGUGUUUUUCAAUUCUCACCACAUAUUUGCUGGAUAAUGUAUAGAUGUAGUAAAGAGAAGUUAUAUAUCAAUUAACUUUGGGAGUUGAAGGGUAAAUAAAGCUUUCAGUUACUCGCUAACUUUUUGUUCAGGAGGAAAAAUUGCUGUCAGAAUUUUGCUGGUGGUCCUAACAAGAUUAAAGGUCCUUUUUCAAAACUUAUUGGGUACAUGUUAUGUGUUCAGAAAAGAGAGUGGUAAUCAGCAAUUAAUGGAAAAAUGAAUAUUCCUUUAUUUCCACAUUGGGGAAUAAUUUUUUUUUUUUUCAUCUCACUUCUUUGUUAUUUCUAUUCAGGUUGUAGAGCUAUAAAGGGAAACUUUGUUGUCAGCCUGUGGCUUGUUGUGUCUUUGUUAAAGCUUUGUUGGGGUGGUAACAUAAAUGUGAUACUCUAUAAUUUUAAGUCCUAUUUACAAUUCCCUAUGGGAAAAGUUAAUUGUCAAGUUUAUAAUUACCAGUGCAACAAUUCAGGGUUUAAGGAUGAAUCAUUGAAUGAUUUUGCAAAAUUGAAUGUAAAAAGACAAGCCUGGUCAGGUAAUGGCAGUUUUUUACCGCCAAAGUAUUUGUAAAAGUGAACAGAAUUCAGACCUGUAAAUAAAGCAACACAAGAAAAAAAAGCUUGGAAACAAUCAAGCUUGUAAAGAUUAUUACAUUUUUAGAAUUAUCCAAAUUUCUGGACUUAAAAAAGAGCAAAAUAGCAAACAUAAGGGUAUUAGUCUAGAAUAUGGUAAUUAAAUAAACAUUUUCUGGGGGAAGUAAUUUUUUUGGGUCAAUAAUUCUUUUUUUUUAUCAUAGAAAUGAAUUUAGAAACUGAUUUCUUAUUUAUUCUCCUUCCUGAAAAUUUUUCAUUUUGUUAAGCAGCACUUAAAGACAAAUACUUUGUUGCCAUAGAAAAAUGUUUUUUUCUUUUUGAAAUAAAUCAAUUAUGACUAUAUCUUGUUAGCUUUGAUCUUUCUGAAUCAAACCUCCAAGCAAAAGAUAUUAAAAAUAAUUCCAAAAACCAUGGUUCAAAAUAGUCACCUUGAUGAGAUCAAAACUCAUCAUAACGAAAUGUGUAUUAUUGAAAACCUGCAGAGACAAACUCAAAGAUGUGAUACAAAGAUUUACAUACAAUAUAUAGUUGUUCUGAAUGUAAAAAUAGAUGAUUAGUGUAGGGAAUUACAUAAUCAUUGCUAAUCUGUCCAGAGCCAAUUUGGUCUGCGACAAUUUUUUACUUGGAAGGUGACACUCAGAAGAAAAUUACAGUGAUGGUUGAAAGCCUUGAAUUCAGUGACAGAAUUGACCACUGAAUGGUGGGCUUAGUUGUGUGAAUUUAAUCAGCCAAUAAUCUUUAUCUUCAAUUUUCACUGACAUACACAUAACUACCUUCCUAACCCCUCUAUAUAUCAGAGGGCUUUACUGGAAUAUUUCUGAUCAGUGAUUUGGUAUGAAAUGUUUCACAUUACCAAGAUCCAUUUUGUCUCUGAGCCAGCCUAUUCAAACAUCAAUAUUUCCAAGUGCCAAAUACAAUAAAAAUGAGUUGGAAGGAAAGUAUUGGUUCAUUUUUCUAGUAGCUAGGGAAAGAAAAAUUUCCUCGUGAUUUUUGUAAAUGUUAGCUCAUCAGUUUUGAAAAUUGCAUGCAUCUCUGUACGUAAAUUCCCUUGUCAAUGAACCUCACUUGGUAAAAUGAUAGAAAUAUAAAGAAUAUUUUAGCAUAUAUUGCUGUGUAAAUGAAAACUUCAAAUCAGUUAUAGAACAGAUAUACCACAUGAUAAUGUAAAUGCCUAUAUUAGGAGAACUAUUUAAAAGCUAUAAAGAUACCAAUAUAUUUCACAGGAGCCCACUCUAUUUUAAGAGUAGUUGU